AUGGACGUUGUCCAAGAGGACGGACCGUUCGACGCUAUAUUAGGCUUCUCGAAUGGAGCAGCUCUAGCUGCGACCGUGAUAGCGGCGGGAAUGGAGAAGGACCCCUCAGAUCCCCCAUUCAAGGCUGCAAUCUUCAUUUGCCCGACAAUGCCUUUUCGUCUUGACUCUGGCCCUCUCCGGGUCACAGUCACCGAUCCGGACACCAUAACCGCGAUACGACAUGACCUUGACGAAGAGGCAAACAAAACAUACGACUGGCUCAGUGACCCUGAAACAGCUGGUAUUAUGGAUGAAUUCGAGAAAAAGAAGAAGAGACUUGACUACAGCGAUUUGAGCAGGCUUCCUCAAACCGUAGAGCUGCUCCUGCGAUACCACCCAGAUGUUCAGGCACGAAUGCUACAUAUCCCCACUGUCCAUGUGAUUGGGGACCAGGACGAGUACAAUGAACAGGGACACAAAUUCACUCAGCUCUGUGACCCGAAGCUCCGGAAGAUUAUAACACAUGGUGGAGGACACCAUUCUCCCAAGGAGAAGGGGGCCAUUUUGAAAACGUGCCAAGCGAUGGAGUGGGCAUGCGAUAGAAUCAUGUUCUCUAGCUACUAA